UUCUGAUCUCAAAGUCCUUGCUCAGGUUCUCUCUCCGUCUCUCUCUAAACUAAAACCUCCUCCUCCUUUCCUUUAGCUCCAAAAUUUUUUUUUGAAUAUAUGUUUUCCAAUGCUAUUUAUUUCAUCCUAGAGCAUGUUUUGAUAUCCUAGUUUUUGACAUUAUCGAAAUAAGCGAGGGAUUUUUUUUCUCUGGAGAAUGCGAAAAGCUUGAUGAGUCUGAGCUGAUUUUUGGCUGAAAUUUUGAGAGCGUUCGAGGUUUAGUAUCGGAUCUGUGAUUGUUGGAUAAAAUGUUGAGAAGGAUAGGGAUUAAAUGUUUAUGUUUUGAGGUGGUGAAUCGACAAAGCUAGGGUUUUGAGGUGAAAAAACAGUGAUGAAUUAAGUGUUUUAGGGUUUGCGUGGCUGUGGAAACGGUUUGUGUGGUUGUGCAAACUUUUUGGUUUCUCGAAAUGAAUCGGAGUUUUAGGGCCGAAGAGACAGGGUUGAAGCAGAGGCAGCAGCUGCAAAUGGGGAGUCUAAAGACGUCGAUGAUGAAGGAGAAAGAUGAGGAGCUGGCAUUGUUUUUCGAGAUGCAAAAACGCGAGAAGGAGCGGAACAAUCUUCUUCUACUUAACAACUCCGACGAUUUCGAUGCUCCCCUUGGCACAAAAUCUGGUAGUUCUAUUUUUAAUAUUGCAUCUACAACGCCUGCACCAGUGCGAAAGACAGCCACCGAUGAUUUCCUGAAUUCUGACACUGAUAAAAAUGAUUAUGAUUGGCUUCUUACACCUCCUGGUACUCCCCUUUUUCCUUCAUUGGAGAUGGAAUCUCAGAAAACUGUUAUGAGUCAGCUGGGAACACCUAAAGCUCGUCCCUUAACACUCAAAUCUAGGUUAGCAAAUCCACAGACAGAGAAUGCAGUAAGGAGCAACUUACCAUCUAGACAGCAAACUUCAUCUACUGGGUUGACCACUUCGAGUGGAGGAAUUCGCAGACCCUCCUCAUCAGGGGGAUCACGGCCUUCUACACCAACUGGGCGCCCCACUUUAACUGCAACAUCUAAAUCUACCAUGACCUCAGCACCUAAACCAACAUUAAGUACAGGUUCAAAGCCGUCGUUAACCACAACAUCCAAAGCAACAUCAGCUGCCAUGUCUAGACCUACAAGGUCGGCAACACCUUCUUCACGUGCCAGUUUGGCUUCAGCCAAGCCAACAGUUCCACCAAGAUCUUCUACACCUACUUCCAGACCUAUGGUGAGAUCGUCAACGCCAACUGCUAGGCCAAGUAUACCUGCAUCGAAGCCUACAUCAAGGUCAGCAACUCCAACUCGUAGGCCUGCAACAACAUCAAGUGCAACAAUUACAUCUGUGCCAUCAGUUAAAUCUCCAUCCUCCUCAUCAGUUACCAAGUUGGUCUCUAGCACCACAAAAAACCCAGUGCCAGCACGUUCAAGUUCUCCGACUGUGAAACCUAGGCCAUGGAAGCCUUCAGAUAUGCCUGGCUUCUCCCUUGAUGCGCCUCCAAAUCUUAGGACAUCAAUACCAACAGAUAGGCCUGUUUCAGCAAGUAGGGGUCGGCCUGGAGGUCCCACUGUUCGAUCUUCAUCUGUCGAGCCUGUGGCAAACGGAAGGGUCAGGCGACAAUCAUGCUCUCCAUCAAGAGGAAGACCUCCUAAUGGCAUUAUUCACAGCAGUGGAAGCUCUGUGCCUGCUGGGAAUAGAUUGCAUGCCAAAGCAAAUGACCAUGUGAGCCCUGUUUUAAUUGGCACUAAAAUGGUUGAAAGGGUAAUAAAUAUGCGCAAGCUGGUUCCACCAAAACAAGAUGACAAGCAUUCACCCUUAAGUAACUUAUCCGGAAAGUCUUCAUCUCCUGACAGCUCCGGGUUUGGAAGAACUCUCUCUAAGAAGUCCUUGGAUAUGGCCAUAAGGCAUAUGGAUAUACGGCGUACAAUUCCAGGUAAUCUUCGGCCUCUGAUGACUAACAUCCCUGCCUCCUCUAUGUAUAGUGUGAGAUCAGGAUCUACUAAAAGCAGGACACUCAGUGUCUCUGAUUCCCCCCUUGCAACAAGCAGCAAUGCUAGUUCUGAAGUGAGUGUCAACAACAACGCGCUGUGUGCUGAUGCAAGUGAAAUAGAAGAUGACGUUAACAGUGAUAAAGUUGUUAGAUCUCCAGCCAGCAUGCGUGCCAGGUGAAGAAAAAUAAAAACUUGAUAACUAGUCGAUAUAUUUGCCUUUCUAUUAUUCCAUUAUGAGGCUGUGAAAGUUGAAAGACCUGUUUCCUGGAAGCACUGACCAAAAUUUGGCUUGCAUGAUUCGUGUAAAGUUCAUGGACUGAUAGCUGUAUCACUUGAACCCGUUGUAUAAUCAGCAAUUAAAGUAAUAUGAUUAACCAUAUUUCUUGUCUA